UGCUCUGUUCUGCUGCCCGGACAUGGCCGCGCUGGGCCCGAAGCUGUGGGCGCUGCUGCUGCUCUGCUCCGUGUCCAUCUAUGGCUCCCACGCUCCGCUCCUGGCGCUGUGCAAGGUGGAUGGUGGGAUCCCCUUCAGCUCCUCGGCCGUGGUGGUUCUGAUCGAGCUGACCAAGCUGCUGCUCUCGCUGCUCCUGCUGCUCACCCGGGACCGGCCGCCGCUCGGUGUCACGCUGUCCUGGCAGCACGCCGCCCCCUUCGCCCUCUCAGCGCUGCUCUACGCCGCCAACAACAACCUGGUGGUCCACAUGCAGCUCUUCAUGGACCCCAGCACGUUCCAGAUCCUCAGCAACCUGAAGAUCGUCAGCACGGCGCUGCUCUACAGCCUCCUCCUGCGCCAGCGGCUCCAUGUGCACCAGUGGCUGGCGCUGUGUCUGCUGAUGGCAGCCGGGCUGAGCUACAGCUGUGGGGGUCUGUGGGACCCGCAGGGCUCUGGCAGCCCCCCCGCCAUGCGGCUGCACAUCACGCUGCUGGGCUUGUUGCUCAUCUCCGUGUACUGCCUGAUAUCGGGCCUGUCUGCUGUCUACACGGAAGCUGUCCUGAAAACACAGCCGCUGCCCCUCAACCUUCAGAACCUCUUCCUUUAUUUCUUUGGGGUCCUGGUCAAUUUGAUCGGCCACUUCUGGAGCGGCGCAGACAGAGGUUUCCUGGAGGGCUUCUCCCCCUGGGUGCUGGUGAUUGUGCUCAGCCAGGCCCUGAACGGCUUGAUCAUGUCUGUGGUCAUGAAGCACAGCAGUAACAUCACCAGGCUCUUCGUCAUCUCCUGCUCCAUCCUGGUCAAUGCUCUGCUGUCUGUCGCCCUCUUCAACCUGCAGCUCACCCUGCUCUUCUUCAUUGCUGUCUCGUGCAUCGGCCUCGCUGUUCACUUGUACUAUGGGGUGACGUAGCUGUGGCCUCCCUGCCCUGUGUGCACCAGGGCGGCCUUCAGCUGUUGCUCAGGGGUGCUCCUUGCCUGUUCUGGGCCUGCUGUGGGGCGCAGUGGUGCCUCCCUGCCUUUUUGUUUAAGGGAGGAGGCAGGGUUGCCCAGUGUGAGUCUCCACUGUCCUAAGGCAAAUGUACUUCAGGAGGGCUUUGCUCAGUGCCCCUGCCCAGGAAAAGGGGGGAGUGCCCUGCCUAUGUCAGGUCCCGUGCUGAGGGGCACCUUUAUCCAGUGGGCCUGGGCUCUAGAGUGGAUCUUGAGCCCCUUCUCAUAUGGUACGUCACACUUCUGCUCUUUCCCCUAUUCCUGCACACCAAAGCUCACACCUGUCCCCUGUGCCAGUCAAAGCUGCAGCAGGGUUAGUUAUCUCUGGUGUGCUGCUCAUGAGCAUGCAGCCAGCCCCGCAGUUGGAGCAGUGUGCUGCUGUCAGAGCCCUGCACCACGGCUGGGGGUUUCUCAUUCCCUUCCUCUGCAGUAUUUCACCCCAAUCCUCAGCCCAGCCCCUGGCUGGAGGUUUGCUGUCCCUGGGCCCUGUUUGCCUGUCCUGGGCACAGCGUUGCUGUCUACCUCUGUGGGCAGGGACUGUAAGGGGAGUCUUAUAGAGGAAAGAGGAAACAGCGUCUGGAUUUGGACAAGUGCUGUGUGGCUUGUGAGUUCCUGGUGGGCAGAAGUCACUGCUGGCUCUGGUAUGGUUAUUAAAGCUGUGGUUUAAUGA